GAAAAAAAAUAAUAUGAAAAGUUUCAAAUGAAACAUUUAUUAUUCGUUUAACGUUUAUGUUUUAUAUAUUGAAUAAUAUUUAAAUAUUUAAAGAAUUGAAAAUGAAAUCGUUUGUCAUCAUAUUGUUUAUCCAUUGUUUUGCUUCGAUAACGUUAGCAUUCCCUUUGGAACAACCAAUACAUUAUUUACCAUAUUCAUUUGGUUAUCAAACAGCCGAUGGCCAAACAAGACAAGAACAAAGCCAUAAUGGUAUUGUAACCGGUUCGUUUAGCUAUACCGAUGCUAAUGGUGAUUUACGACAGGUAAAAUAUACAGCCGAUGAAAAUGGUUAUCGACCACAUGGUGAUAUCGGUGUUGAUCGUCGAACAGCUGAAAUUGCUGCACAAAUGGCUGCAUUAGCACCUAAAGGAGCGAUAUCAACAUCAUGGACACCAUCACAAUCAUCAUUUCAAACAUUUGAUAAAUUGAUUGCACCACCACCACCACCGUCAGUUGCUAUUCCAACAUUCCAUACCCAACCAUCAUCAAUACCACAACCACCCGCACCAAAAUCAACAUCAUGGAAUCAUUUUUCAUCGGCUGCAUCAACCGCAAAUUUUGUUCAUGCUUCAGCACCAAUCAUCGGGCCAUCAGGUUAUCAAGUCGAUACACCUACCCAUAAAAUCUGGGUAAAAUAUUAGAUUGAUUACCGAUACUAUUAAG